GGAGCUCCGAUAUACCGUACACAGAGCGGACCAACAAGGGGCUUUCUGGAUGCGCGAGGCCUUACAUAACUCGGACCAACCUCUGGUUCAUAGGACCUUUCACUACUGGGUCGCCGGGGAGCGAGCGAGGACGAAAUAUGCAUCCCUAGCAUUUCUGCCAAGGCGAUCUGUUGGUAACACAGGAAGAUUCGUUACCGCCCGACCGCAAUUCAAGCUUCCAAGCUUCGAUAAUGCUUUGCAGCCUCUGUAAAGGCGUAUGACCUCCCACUGGCCCCUACCACUGUCAUGUGGUUUUCAUCGCGGCCUGCCGUCUUGCAGCAGAAAUUCGAGGAAGUCAAAGCGACCAAGACCUCAGGUCCUGAUUCACCGCAUCUUGCCAGUGCUUCAGGGAGACAUUUGGAGUCGCGUCGAGCCAAAGUUUUGGUUUUUGAAGGGCCAUGGUUGCGGUCGCGCCACUAGUGCGAUUGCGCGCGACGUGUUACGCGUGUCGCCUGCGAGCCUUUACGAGCACCUCACGACUGCGGCU